AAGGCAACUGCUAACAAAAUAAAUGCAAUUCUCCUAUCCUUCUACGGUCCAAAACCAAGGACUAUACUCCCACAAAAUCUUCCUAUAAUUAUAUCAAAUAUACAUACAGUUAUUAUUUUUUUAUGAGAUAUUUAAAACUAUAUAUUAAUUCACAUGAUAAAACUACAUAUAUACAUAUAUCAAAACUCCAGAAAAAUUAUUCACCCACUUACUUCAUUUUCAUCUCUUUUCUCUUAUUAACUUACCUCUUUUUAUUCACAAACCCUCAAUAAUAAUUUUUAUUUAUAUAUUUAUAUUACAUACUAAAUUUAGCAACAACGAAAAAAGAAAAGAAAUCGAGAUAAUCGCCAUGGAAACAGGCUCUAUGCUUCUCCGAAACCUGGUUUACUCCAUAUUCGUUUACGCCGAUAAUUCUCUUCUCACCUUUACAGAAAAGCACAGACUCCUCGAACUCAUUCGCUCUUUCCUAAUCGCUUUUGUCCUCUUUCUCCUUCGUUUAAUCCCUUCUCUAACCCCAAACUACUUCCCUUUCCACUCGCUUAAACACACCAAGGACGGCGGCGCGUUCGCUCACUCUCCACCAUCCCUCGACGGCGCCGUCGACGGUGGAGAGAACUCCGGAAUCGGUCGAGCGCUUUCGCAGUUGCUCUCGAUUAUGAGCGAGAUUCCGGUGAGUUCACGGAAGUACGAAGUGGUUCGGUCUUUGGCUGAGAAGAUUAUUGAGGAUAACCGGAGAGAAGUUUCCCCUGCUUUGCGUGAAGUUAACCGGACGGUUUUAUCGGCGGCGUUUUCGAGGACUCUUGGGCAGCUUGAGUUGGAUGUGGUGGAGAAAGGUGUUGUUGGGCCUGAAGUUUGGGCCGAGAGUGGGAAUGGGCCUGGCCCAGUUGAUUAUCCGUUGUACAAGGUUUUGCGAGUGGUUCGAUCCGUUGGGGACUUGGCUUGGACCAAGGUUGGUGGCGGGAGAGCCAGGGAGGGAGGGAGUCGGAGUGGGAGAUCGGCUGAGAAGCUGGCGGCUGAGCUGGUUUGGUUGACGGAAAAGAUGGUGGCGUGUGGGUUUCCCGAAGAAGCUGUAAGGAGGUGGGCUUCGGCUUCACGAUUGGCUUGGCUUGCUAUUUCGGCUGAGCCGCGGCUUCAGUGUUCCCUUGUUAAACUUUCAGCGUUCUUGUUCAAUGAGAGCAAAAACAUGAGAGAAAAGGACGAGUCAGAGUACGAGAAAGAGCAGCUGAAACUGAUGAAGAUUCAAAUGCUGCAAUCAUGGCUGCCACUGCUUUGCAGGGCAAGCAAUGGCACCGAGGCUCCCGUGUUGAGCGCGAGCGAGAGAGCAGAGGUGGAGAGAGUGUUGGAGGAGAUGAUAGAGAGGUUGGAUGAGGAGCAUCAAGAGAAGGUAUUGACCCUUUGGCUCCACCACUUCACUAGUUGCCCCUCUUCAGAGUGGCCUAAUCUCCAUGCCUCUUACAUUCGGUGGUGUGACUCUGCUAGAAACCUCUUGCUUCACCAAGAUGUACUACUUCUUAAUUAAGAAUAAUAAGUUAGUACACUAUGGCAUCCAAUCUUCUAGCAUUAGAAUAAAAUUCGUAUAUUAUUUGGUUCUAUACUAUUUUUUUCUUCUUAAAAUGUGUUAAAAUAUAUUCUUUAUAGAAAUAUUGGUUUCUAGAAUUGUAUAAAUGUAUACACGAGUUUAACUUAUUUUUUUUAUUAGAAUUAAAUUAUUAAAUAAUAAGUUAACACUUUCUUUCA